AGCUUUACAAACAAAUGCCAAUUGUAACUCUGAUAUUCAACGCAAGUGCUGUGGAUACAAUGCUUCCGUUCUUGCCUGCAACACUGAAGUCGCCGGUAUCCGAGCAUCCACUCCAACCUGUUCCCAAAUGGGAAAAGUAUCUUGCCCAGUAGCCAAGUAG